GACAGUGUUCAGGGAUGAUACCGUCCACCCCCAUACCACCCAGGCCUUCGACAUGCUCGAGAUCUACUGGAUUGGCCAGCUUGCUACCUAUCUUUGAAUCGGGCGGCUCGGCACCGCCAGUCACGGAUUCAGUCCGAUCUGAUCCGAUCAACUCGGACUAGGCCUCCUGCAUGGGUCCAGCGCCCACGAGCCCGCAACGCAGUGCAUGGCACCUGUUCGCAAGCGGCGAGGUGUUGUCCAGGCCUUUUGGAUCCAGCCGGGAUUGACGGGGCGCAUGACACAGGUUAUGCCGCGCUGUGCCCUGGUUCAUGGCAUGGUAUCAGCCGGCCGAGCCUUGGGCACACCAUCUCACUGGCUCUUCGCAAUGACUCCAAGGUCCCAAUACCAGCAACUGCAAUUGUGGAGAUUGGUGGUGAUGGCAAUGAUGGCGACGAGGGUUGUGGUCGUUUUGGUUGAUAGUUUCUUCAUUGCUCAAAUGGUACAUUCAGAAUAUAGGCGACAAGUAUAUCAAACAGGAGAGCAAAAUAGGCGACGGAGGGCAAACGGAGAGGGGGAGGAGGAGGACGUGUGAGAAGCGGCGGCACAUGGGAAAUGGGUCAUCGGGUCCUAUUUUCACAGUUCUUGGGUGGAGAAAAGAAACCAGGGAGUGGCCAGCCGUUCAUCCAGGAUCGACAUUGGGGAAGAGUCCAAGUUGCAUCA